AUGGUGCAAACAAGCAACAAAGCUGGACCUAGCAAUAGUGGACCCAAUAAUAAUGAGAGGAUUGAGUUAGAUGAAAUACCCAGAGUAGAGGAAGUGAGACUACCCAGGGUGGAAGUGGAACCUCCUAGAGGUAGAAUAUCAGAAGAAUUGGGCAAAGACCUUAAGAAAGUGACCCCACCAAAGUUUGAUGGGAAAACCAUAGGUGACAGUGCAGAGGCAUGGAUCAUAGAGAUGGAGAAGUACUUUCUGCUUAGAGACUUAUCUGAUGAGACUAAAGCUAUAUGGGCUGCCUACCAACUCUCAGGAGAAGCUACUACUUGGUGGGACAAUGAGAGAGCACAACAUAACUUUCAACCCGGAGAACUUACUUGGAACCUUUUCCUUCAACUUUUUCAAAGCAGGUGGCUCCCACAACACUUCUUCAAUAGUAAGAUAAAGGAGUUUCAAAAACUAACUCAAGGAAACAUGACAGUGACUCAAUACUGGGAAAAGUUCUCACACUUGCUAAAGUAUGUGCCACAAUACCAGACAAAUGAGAACUUUAGAAUCCGCAAGCUCAUCUUAGGAUUGCGACCGCAAAUAGGAGUAGAAGUGGAAAUGCAUAGUCCAGAGACCAUGGCAACCACAUUUGAGAAGGCAACUAUGCAAGAACAAAAGAACCUGAAGAGAAACAAUACUGGGGACAAUAAGGGUCAGAACUUCAAUAAGAACUUCAAUAAUAGAGGAAACAAUAAUUAUGGCAAUAACAGGUACAAUGAUAGAAAUAACAAUGGGAAGGAUAAGCCAGAGUAUAAGAUGGGACACAGAGGUGGAUGUUUCAUCUGCAGAGGAAAGCAUUAUGCUAAUCAGUGUGAUCAACACACAGUGGAAAAAAGAAGAGAAAUACAGCCACAUCACCAGAUUCAUGCCGCAGUUGACAAUCGCCAAGUAGACUUCCAAGCCUCGCCUAUCCAGCUUGAUGGUAAACUUUUUGGUCAUGCAGUUUCCAUUCUUAUAGAUACAGGUGCUACUGAAUGUUUUGUGGAUCCUAGAGUUGUAUCUAAGUUAAAUGUUAAGCCUAGUUAUAUGUCUAAACCUUGGAAUGUUCAAUAUGGGAACUGGGCAGAGCGGAGGGUAGACCAAUGUUUGGCAUGCAGUGAAUUACUACUUUCCAACUUCCUCACUGAACUAAAUCUUUAUGUAGCUCCAUUAGGAAGUUAUGAUGUCAUCUUAGGAAUCAAUUGGUUGAUCGAGCAUAAGGCUAUAGUAAAUUGUGAGGAUAAACUUGUGGAGUGUUUUGAUGACUUAGGAAAUCAAGUAAAGAUACAAGGGGAUAAGAAGCCUUUGCAACUUAGACAAAUUUCUGCAAUGCAACUUAAGAAGGCCCAAAGGAAAGGUUGUGAAAUUUACUCAGUGUACAUUAAGGAUCUAAGGGAGGAUAACACAGGACUUGAUACACACCCUAUCCUUUGA